UUAUGACUAAAAUGAAGGAACAAACAGACAUCUUCCAAAAAUACCUUGAAAGAUACGUCUUCAAGGUUCCUUGCGACGCCAUCGUCGCUGUCAUGAGUCAACAAGUCCCCAUAUCCAGAAAAGAUACAAUGAACGUCGCCCCCUACAACUCUCGAGCUCUGUUUAAUGACCUGUUGCUCGAUGAGCCCACCGAGCGCAUCUCGCCACUUGAACCAGGUCGAGUCGAACAAGAAUGUGAAUCCACUUCCUCAUUCAUUCCACAAGCAACGGCCCAAAACUCGGAACAACCUGCAGCCACCUCUUCCACACAUCCCGCUCAAGAUCACCUGCCGCAACUCCAACUCAGCCUUCAAAAAGCUGAAUAUUUCAAUCACCAGCUUCUAAAGUGUGUACAAGAACAUCAAGCCUACUUAGAAACAUUAGAAAAAAUAUGGUUCCACCUAAAUCUGCUAGGCGGAUCUGUCGAUGCUACCAACUUAGAAGACCAAAUCCGGCACCUGAUCGAGGAAUCUCAAAACAACUACGACAUGUUCAACCAGAUUGAAUCCAGAAUUCAGCGGUACAAAGAGUCAUGCUCCACGCCCUCCAAAUAA